ACGGCAGAAGACAAGAGUGGACAACAGGAAUGGUUUAACCUUGGCGAGCUUUGACUGCUUGGAAAAGGCUAACUACGCAGCUAGCAGGCUAGCUAGCAGCGAUGGACACGCAUCGAAGGUCCGACAUUUGUCGGCUUCACCGUUACGUACCCGUGGCGAGCCACACCGCGACGGCUGCAGCAGACAUGGCGCUCAUCGUCCCGCUCCCGCGGUGGUCCUUGACCCUGUUUACCCCACCCACUCAUGAUGAUGUGCAGCAGGCAACGCGUGAAGUUGAAGAAGCUGCGUGCUGCUAUUUGUGCCUGCAAAUGUGACUGCAGCCCACCACCGCGCAGCAAGCUUACUGGACCAAACCAUUCCAGCUCGCCGGGUUCUAACCGGUUGCUUUCAUCUGGUUUCGUUGGUAUAUAGAUGUUGUUUGAUUUAUUACUGAAGGAUUUGGGACGCCGCCGCCAUGUGGACGCUGCGGCCGAGAGGCUCCGGCGAGAUGCGCGAUCAAGCCGCGCCGGUACCCCGGCGGUAAAAGCGGCAGCAUCACCCGCCGCCUGCAAUGGCGCUGUAAGCAGCUCCAGUCAAGAGUGCAUCCUCAUACUCCGCUCCGUAGUGGCCAUUCCGCCCGGGACGCCGGACUAGCGUGAGAUCGAAAUGGUGCUUUCGAAAGGUUCUGCGGCGAGAGCGUCGGUGUUUUUGCUUUGGCUCACUUCAAAUGUGCGGGUUUCACUUCUUGUCCAUCACGCGUCAAAAGGAGACGAAGCGUCGAACGUGGUAGCAGGCCUGAAAGGAUUCUAAAACGACAUCGAUUGGACUGGAUUUGGCAGCACUGCAGUAGGUCAAAGCGAACGCUCAGUCCUGAGUUCUAACGAGGCCAAGGCGAUGCUGACAGCCUCGCUGAAUCCAAAGACAUCAUAAUGCUGAAGACGGAGGCCACGGGGGAGAGGACCAGCCUCCGGAGUGCCUCCCCGCACCGUAAUGCCUACCGGGCUGAGUUUCAGGCCCUCAAGAAGGCCUUCGAUCAGCCUCAAACAGACGGAAACUCCAAGCCCAAGGACCUCGAACGAGGGAAACAACCAAGGGGCCGCCAGUAUGGCACGCACGUCAGCCGCAUUAAAGACAUGUUCAUGCAGAUGGGCUCAGAAAGCGCAAGUAUCAAGUCAAGGGGUCAAGAUGAUACCUCACCCCAGAAGCUGGUCAAGCCAACCAACUUCAUUAACAAGGCUGAUGGAUCGGUGAUAAAACUCCAGCAUUCCGCGUCGGCUGAAAGGGUAGGAGGUGCCGGAGCAAAAUUCUCUGAAACCAGGAAGUUGUUUGAACAGCAUUCACGUGACCAGUCCCAAUCACCAGUCUACCCCUAUGGACGUGAUAAAAGGGGUUCCCACGAGCACCUCGACGAUUGGCGGGGCGCAAGGUCUAACAGAGGCAGUACGGACUCGCUGGACUCACUGUGCUCCAGAACGGAGGCGUCCUCGCCAACUGUUAGCCAACUGAGUGCUGUUUUUGAAAAUGCCGACCAACACAACCAGGGUACGCCCUUCAGAGGAGUCGGCAGACGGGCCUUAUACUCGCCAGAUGGAUUCCAUCGCCAAGGAGGGGAUCUCAGCGAGGACGAUGCGCGACAAUCUCCAAUUCGGGGAACUUACCGCAACAGGAUAGGGGGGAAGUUUCCGUCAUCUCUGUCCGCUGAGGACCUGCUGAGUCCGAGUCCUGGGGGCGAGACUGCAGAGGGGAAGCUAAUCCUCCGAGACAAGGAAGCCCAAGAUAAAGCUGAUAAGAGGCAACUAUCCGAUGGCACCACAAAUGGAAGUCAGGUGAAUGGCUCCUGCGAUGAGGAUGACAAACACUCGGCAAAAAUACAAUAUAUUGAGGAUGAUAAUGACGGAUCAAUCACUACAAAUGAUGAUGUGAUUACCAAGAAGACUUUUGAGGAUGCAACCCUCGAGCCAAAAACCACACAAACUGCUCCGGCUGGGGAAAACCAAGAGGAUCCUACCAGAGAAGACACGUCUCCUGAAUCUCCCAAAGACCAGACGGACGACCCCGACGAGGAAUACACGGGGAACGAGCGGGUCUUUUUUAACGCCGAUGGGGACGCGUGUUACCAGGGUUGGGGGGAAAGUUGUACUGACCCCGAGGAUGAUCUUUACGGAGACGACGAAGAUAUCGUCUAUGACCCCGGCUCUGACAUGAGAGAGAUUCCUGGUCUGCCGGAAGAAAACAUAGAGGACAUCCCCAAAACAAGGAAGAUUCGCUUCAGCACUGCUCCUAUUACCGUAUUUAAGACUUACUCCAACGAGGACUACGACCGCCGUAACGAGGAAGUGGAUCCCGUGGCCUCGUCCGCAGAGUACGAGCUGGAGAAGAGGGUGGAGAAGCUCGAGCUUUUCCCUGUAGAGCUGGAGAAAGAUGAGGACGGCUUGGGGAUCAGCAUCAUCGGGAUGGGUGUCGGUGCUGACGCAGGCCUGGAGAAACUGGGCAUCUUCGUCAAGACCGUCAUUGAAGGCGGAGCGGCCGAAAGAGACGGCAGGAUCAAAGUGAAUGACCAAAUAGUGGAGGUGGAUGGGACCAGCCUGGUGGGCGUCACACAAAGUUUUGCUGCCUCUGUCCUCAGGAACACAUCAGGAGUUGUGCGGUUUGCCAUUGGCCGAGAGCGACCGGGCCAGCAGAGCGAGGUGGCCACGCUCAUCCAGCAGACCCUGGAGCAGGAGAAGAGACAGAGAGAGCUCCUAGAGCAGCAGUACGCUCAGUACGACGCCGAUGAUGAUGAGCAAACGGGCGAGUAUGCGACAGACGAGGAGGACGCGGGGCCCGCCGCCGCCGGCGAGGAGAAGAACAUCGAAGUGUUCGACCUGCCCGAGAACGACGAUGUCUUGUCGCCCUCGGAUUUAGAUGCCACUAAACUAUACCAGAAAUUCAGAGAGCUCCAGAUCAAACACACAGUAACUGAGGCCGAGAUCCAGAAGCUUAAAAACAAGCUGGCCUCCGUGGAGAGGGAGAAGCAGCGCUGGGAGAAAGAGAAGAGCCAGUUGAAGGCCAGCAUCGAGGAAAACAAGGAAAGGAUGCUGAAGCUGGAGAGCUAUUGGAUCGAGGCGCAGACCCUGUGCCACACGGUCAACGAACACCUGAAGGAGGCCCAGGCGCAGUAUCAGACGUUAGAGAAGAAGUACAACAAAGCCAAGAAACUCAUCAAAGAUUUCCAGCAAAAGGAGGUGGAGUUGAUCCAGAAGGAGGACGCCGAAAGGAGGCGACUCGAGGAGGCCGAGAAAGCGCACCUGGCGGAGAUCCAGGGACUUCAAAUCAGGAUUGCGACGCUGGAGUCGGAGCUGAUGCAGCUGAUGAAGCAAAACAACAUCCAGGUCAACAACAACAACAGCAACAGCGCUGAGAGGCUGCAAGCGCUGCAGAACAGCCCGAGCAGAGCUGCAGCGCAAGGAAGAGAAGUGAGGAAGGGCCCCCCCUACUCGCCCAGCAAAGGGAAACCCUCAAGAGCAGACAGCGUCAGCUCCACCGAGGGAGAGGUCUCAGAGGGGCGCAGUAGUCCAGGUCACGGUCGCUCCGGCUCCAUUCGUAGUCUGGCCUCUUCCGAUGCGGUACCCGGAGGUCUGGCCACCGCAGAAGGAUCCCCCCGGAGAUUAAAAGAAGGUUCUCAUACCACCUCAAGCCCCUCUCGACGUGCGGAGGAGCAGAGGCAAGCCCCCGACUCUGGAUGCACGGAGGAAAGCGCUCGGAAAGCAAAGGCAAAGUUUCAAGAGGGUCCGGUUUUGAGCGAGGACCUGAGCGGCAGCAGCAACAGCUCCGUUGAGAUCAGCGGGCUGGCUGGCGAGGCCAAAACCUCAGAACACGCCGACAACUUGGGGCUUUCUUCGGAUGAGAGUUUGGAUAUGGUAGAUGAUGAGAUCCUAGAAGAAGGGUGGAUUACGAAGCAGCAUCAGUGGCAGAACCACAGUGUAUCAGAGUGGACCUGUCAGCAAGUGGCCCGCUGGCUCAUGGGCCUCAGUUUGGAACAACAUAUUCCAGAAUUCACUGCCAAAAACAUAGACGGAGAACGGCUGCUGCAACUGGAUAGCGCCGACCUCAAGUCUCUUGGAGUUACUUCCUCCCAGGAUCAGUGCUUGAUCAAGAAAAAAAUGAAAGCCCUUCAUGUUCUGAUGGAGAAGGCCAAGAGGAACCAUGAGAAAGUGGAGAAACGACGUGAGAAACUCAGAAAGCUAGAGAAGGAGCAACAGCAGAAAGAAGCGUGAUAAAGCGCAGCCCAAGUGACCCGAUUCUGUACGACUCUUUCGACUUUGGGUUCCUGCAAAGACAAUGUGCAAAGGUUCUAAGAUUGAACCCUGCGGGACACCUUGCUACAGGGUGUCGUUUGAGCUCCAUAUACUGUUUUGGGGAACAUUUUCCAACACCAAGCAAGUUAAAACCAAAACAAACAGUCGGGUUACGGGAUUCUGUCCUUUCGUUUUGCCUCAUUUUACACCGAUCCUCUUUUUAGGCAUUUAAGAAAUGAUUCUUUUAUAUUUAUUUUGUCGUUUGUUGCUGUAAAGUCGGUUUAUUUAUUCAUCUCCAGAGUAAAUAUGUGACAUGGGCAAUGCAUAUUUAUUCACUACCCUCUACAGAGCUAACUGUUCUCCUCAUUUUCAGUAUGAAAAGCCAUUCGAGCAUUUAUAUAGGUGAUAGCCAUCUUAAAAUAACUAGUGCACAUUGUUCUCAUAAGUAAGACAAUUAACAACUUUAAAAGAACUGGGCCACUCUUGUAGAACAAUUAUGUCUGACCAGGAAGGUUCCCCCCUACCAGUACUACUGUCACUUUUGGCCAAAUAAUACCCAAUCAAACCUUACUAGUAAAUUAGCGCAUUGCAUUUGUGUCACUAUUAGGCUGAAAUAGUAAGUAUGUACCAUUUAAAGAUAUUGAAUAAAUGGCCAUUUAUUUAUUUAAUACAACUAGAUUGUCAUCACAAGUACGAACUCUGUGCACUAGUAGAACGACUAGGGCCAACGAGCGGAAGAAAUACAAUUAUGUCUUACUAGUAAACUUAAGGUCCAUGUACUAGUACACCCUCUGCAUACUAGUUGGGUGCACUAGUGAACAUUUGCGCAUUACCACUACUUAUAAGUCGUUAAAAUAAAGGCACUAGUAGAAUUUUAUACCACCACCAGUCCAUGGAGGUUAAGAUGAAUAUCAGGGCUAUCAAAUAAAUGCUCAAAUGGCUUUAAAUAUAUUUCAGGAUCUUUGGAUAUAUCAAAACCAUGCCGUGGAUAGUGACAUAAAUGCAUCUAAUGUGCCAUUUUAAUACUCAUGUUUAUGCUACUCUAGUAGCUCACUGGAAGCUCUUAUAAUUUGAUGCAACGUGGACUAUAUGAGUAUUCAUGUUACCACUAGGUGUCGCCACACCGCUUGUAUUUGCUGUUAAAGGACAACACUGGAACUUUCUUUUAUGACUAAAUUUGCGGAACACUGGAAGUGCAAAACACUGUAAAUUUUUUUACCAGCAUGUGCGAAGUUCCUUGCGGGUAUAAAUGUGCCCAAUCCUGUACGUGAAGCAGUUAUCAAAAGCGGAUGUACUUUAUGCUGCUGAUGAAGACGGUAGAAAUGUGUAAAUGACCAAACUUAUUCCAUUUAAAAAAGAAAACUACAAAAAAUACACCUGAUACUUCCUGCUGAUAUAUACAGUAUACUGUUGCUUGUAACCCACUUUGACCUCGUUUUGUAUUCCUUUUAAAAUAACUGUAAUACAGUAAUACCCAACAGCUACCUUUAGAUAUUUUAGAGAAUUUUCCUGAAAUAACUCACUAAAUAAACUCAACGUGUUUUUUUUUUUUCUUGGUGACAGAAAUAAAAACACCACAAACUCUAUAAAGAUAAUAGAUGAUAUACUAUUGAGGAAGGCAGCCAUAUGAUAUAAAUGGUUUAUCUCUGUGCUCGGUUGUGGUAAAGAAUCUCAAUUUAUACUUGGAUGUUACACUGCAAAGGACACGCAAUAUAUUUGAUUUCAUGUACCGUUCCCUAUACAUGGAUUUCUACCCGAUACUACGUGCUUAGAAUUGUGUUUUAGGAUUGCGAAGCGCGUUCCGAAAUUCAUCGCUUUAAAUACGGAACAAUUGAUUUGAGGCUUCCCACGCGACCGCAGUAGUUACAAUAUCCGUGAUAUUGUUUAUGUUAUUUCUGGACUUGACAAGUCAGCUUGAUCACAUGAGCAAAAUUGAUGAUCAACAAAGAUUUAUCCACAAUUGUAAUAUUCAUUUCUUUCUGCAUACAUUAUUUGAUAUUGAUUAAAACUGAAUUGCAAUGUGCUAAAAAGAAAAAAAAGAAGUCUUUUAAGAACAAAUAAUCCCAUUGUGUUUUUUUCCCAUCUGAUCCAUUCAUACACUGCCACAAUAAACUCCUCAUGAUACAUUCUUUUGAUAUUUCUAUACUGUAUAUGCUUUUCCGUUCCCUUCACUGUGAGAGUUUGCAGUUCGUGGAGUAUAAAUGGGCCGCCGGUGCUCCCGGUAGGCCGAAACAAAGCCCGCAAUGGCUCAUUUGCCGUUUGUCUUUCAGCUCGUCGCCACAAUGUUGCUUUUGUUCCUUCACCCAGAAUUUGAUCUAGUUUUUUUGCAUUAUGAAAAGUUUGAAAGGGCAGCUAUAAUCCCUGUCACACUGAA